AUGUUCAGUAGCAAAAUCCAACUUCAGAAACGAACUCCUUACAAUGGGACGGAUCGUGAAAAUUUCUUAUCCUUAUUAGUAGAUGAGUACCUAAAUACCACUUCUUACGAUGCAAAAUGUCAAGUAUUAGCAAAUUUAGCUAAUUUUGCAUACGAUCCCAUCAAUUAUACCUACAUACGAGACGUUGGUGUUCUAGAUAUAUUCUUGUAUGUUGUGAAAAAUGAAACUGACACUAAGCUUGUACAUUUUGCAACAGCGGGCAUCUGCAAUCUAUGCUUAGAUCAUACAAAUGCUGAAUACAUUUUGAAACAUUUAGAACUGAAGAUUUUAACAGCUUUAUUGAGGUAUAAAAAUAAGGAGAUAGUGGCCAAUACUACAACAGCACUGCUUUAUCUAUACAAUGAGCAAACAAAAGUCGAGUUAGAAUCACCUGAAAUAAAGCAGAUUAUUGAGGAACAUUCAAAGUCGGAAGAUAAAAUGGUGUCAAAUUUAGCAACAAUAUACCUGAAUGACAUUUUUAAAAUAAAUUGA